UGCUUUUUUCUUUAUUCAAGGGCUGGAUUUGCUCAUCAGGGAACAAGAGAGAAGAAACUACUAAAAGAGAACAAUGCCUUCAACGUGUCUUCCUUCGUUCUGCGGUCCAUGAUGAGUGGACAGUACUGGCCGGAGGGUGAUGAGGUUUACCAUGCUGAAAUCACAGUGCCUGUUCUGCUGGUUCACGGCAUGUACGACAAGUUUGUACCAGUACAAGAGGACCAGCGUAUGGCGGAGAUCCUCUUGCUGGGGUUCCUGAAGGUCAUUGAUGACGGAAGUCACAUGGUCAUGAUGGAGUGCCCUGAUGUAGUUAAUACUCUCUUACAUGAAUUCUUCCUGUGGCAGCCAGCAACUGCCUCGAAACCCAAACAAGAAGCAGCCCCCGCAAAGACCACCACCAAACCUCCAGAGGACACAACGAGACCAAAAACUGCCCCUAAGUCACCCUCCAAAUCUCAUCCAGACUUAAUAAGACCAACAACUGCACCAAAAGCCAUCAAUACUGGGACAGAGGCCUCAGUGGACAUCAGAUCUAAGGGCAAGAAAUAGCUGGUCUACCAAACGUUACGGUAUACAUUUAAAGGUGUUAAAUUUGCUCUGCUCUUCCAUGUGGGACAAAUUAAAUGGCACAGUUUGAAUGUAGGAUGUCCUUGGAUAUUUGCCAAUUGGUCUGUGUAUGACUGCAGCAAACAGGAAGAGCUCAGAGGGACAUUUGUCCCAGAGCAGAGUGGUUGAAUAUUUCCUACUUUUGAAUGAAAUGAAGAUCCUUAGAGGAUGCUUUUUUUCUUUUCAUUUGAGCCUACUCAAAUGAGUGAUUUGCAUUCUUAUGUCUACUAUGGGAUUUAUGUGCUUAAAUAGGAUAAAAUGUGUUAUGAUAAUGUCAGCUCAAAGAUGUUUAAAUCACAUGAGUGAUGAUCUCAAUAUUAAAUAUUCAAAAUUUACAAAGAAAUACUGUUGCUAUGGAUGCUUUUGCUGUAAAUAGAUGGAUCUAUUUCAUGUAUUUAUUCACGGUUUAAUAUCAGCUGAUGUUCAUUUCUGAGUUAUUCAGCAGAAUAUUCUUUUUUUAAACUUUCAUAUUAGUUUAUACUUUAACCCCUGGUUUCACAGACAAGGCUUGAGCCUAGUCCCAGACUAAAAUGCAUAUUUGAGUUGUUUUAACCAAAAGCAAUUUGCACUGAGAUAUCUUAAAAUAUGUCAGUGCCAUUGUUUUGUCUCAUGAUGCACACCAGUAAUGUUAUUUUUUCUAAGGCAUGUUUCAAAACAGCUAAAUAUCCUAAUUGAACUAAGGCCUAAUCCUGAUUUAAUCUAAGCCCCGUCAGGCCUUUAUGUUGAAAGUUCUCCAGCCCUGUUGAAAAAAUUAUAUUUUAGUUUUAUCAUAUCAUAUAUAUAAAAAAAAAAAAAAACAAGGACCUGAAGGAGACAUGAGCACAUGUUCAGUCACAUGCUGUCAAGGCUCCAAUAUGAGUUCAUUUUAGACUAGGAAAUACAUAAAAACUCAAUUUUAAAAAAAUUUCAUUGUACUUCCAAAUGUCUUUUCUAAAGUUUUUGGCUAUUUUUAAUGCACAUUUUGUAAAUUCAAUAACUCAAAUACCAAAAAAUCUGUGUUAUGCAUAAAUGACGAAGUCCUAUUGGGGGAUAGAUUAUUUCUGAAUGGCUGCACUGUUGUUCAUUACUGGCAGCCAGAAUAAUAGCUCUUUUGCCUGUGAUUUAGGUUUAUGUUAAUACAUUUAUAGAAGACAGAGAGGAAAAGCUGCACAUUUUCCAGAAAGUAUUGAUGAUAGUGACGGCAGUGCAUCAGAAAAAAAGGUCGUAGUAAAAAAGGAAGUAGUUGAAGAUCAAGGAGAAUAGAACGUCCUUAGGGUGUUAGCUCAAAUAUAAAAAAAAUCCCUACAAAAUCAGGUUACCACAGCGCACUCCAAUCAAUUAUUUAUAACUUGUGAACCCAAAUGUUAUAGAUAUCUGUUCUAAGAUGAGAUAAAUCUGAACAAGUAUAGAGUAAAAUUUUAUAUUUUGGAACUAGUGAACCCAACUGUUACAGGUAUAAUAUGAUGACCAUCUGUUUCACUUCAAGAUAAUUUAUAAAUUAGAACAAAGAAUGCUGCAAAACAUCAUUAAAAAUAAGCCUAUAAAAUUGAAAAAUGACUG